UCUCUCUCUCUCUCAACAAAAAUCACAGCAAAAUGAAGCAGGAUUCCCUCGUGCUCAUCAUCGUCUUUCUCCUGUUUGCUUUUCUCCUUUGCUCCUACCCAAUUUCUGCCAGCCGUCUCCCACCUCAAAACCAAGGCACUGAAAAGGGGUACAUGAAAUUCAAUGAAAUUGUUCAUCAGGAUGGUUCAUUUGCGAGUUCAAUCAAAGAAGAUGACUUCCUGAAUAUGAUGGGGUUAGAAUCAGAAUCAGAAUCAGUGGACUGCAGCGAGAAGGAUGAAGAAUGUGUUAAGAGAAGGAUAAUUGCAGAAGCUCAUUUGGAUUAUGUUUACACCCAAAAACAACACCCUUGAGGGCUUAUAGAUAAUAGCUGUGCCAAUCAAAAGAAAUAAGUUUCCAAAGUGUCAAGAAAAGAAACAAAAUGUUAUCACUACAUGGUUGUGAUAUGUAUAAUAUAAUAUAUAUAUAUUUAUAUAUAUAUGAAUGAAGAGUAAGUUAAGUA